AUGUUUAUUUAUAAUCCAAUACGAAUUCAAUUUGAACAGUUAAAAAAUCAGUCAGUCAAUGAUCUUCAAUGUCCAUGUAGUAAAGUUGCUAUUAAAUAUUCAGAAUUUAUUAAUUUUGAUGCUACAUAUCAUCAGUUAUGUUCAAGUGUAUUUGUUACGAAUUUAUGGUACAAUGGUUAUGAAAUUUGGAAUAUUUCUGAACCUUGUAUUUUUCCAUCAUUUGCAAAUUUAGCAUUUUAUUAUUUUUCUCUCUUGUCUACAUUUUGUCAAUCAGCAAAUAAAACAAUAUUAAAUAGUCUAAUUCAAUUUUAUGCAUUAGAAUAUAUUACAUCAGAUAUUGUUUUAGAAAAUCAAUUUAAUAAUGAAGUGAUAUCAAUUAUUGAAUUAUUUAAAAUAAGAACACAAAGUUCAUUUAGAGGACAAUGGAAUUUAAUACAAAGUGUUAUUUUUAAUAAUCAAUUAGCAACUGUAAGACGAACAAAUGUUAUUUUUCAUGCACAAUUCAUCGGAAAUAUUACUGAAAUGUAUUCAAAUAUAGUAGAACAUAAUAAUUGUACAUGUGGAACUAAUUCAAUGUGUCAUGAAAAUAUUGCAUUUUGUAAUGAUGGUAAAUUAGACUAUAUCAUAGGUAUGUAUAUCGGUUGUUAUAUGGUAGAUUCAUUAUUAAGAUCAACUACAGAAUGUUUCUUUGAUGAAACAUGUAUAAAUAUAAUUAAAUCGUAUGUUAUACAGUCUACAGAAUUAUAUCAACAAUUAAGUAUAUUAAAUGCUUCUGAAAUAAGUCAAUAUAAAAGAAAUGAAACAAUUGAAAUAAUUGUUGACAAUCUUUUUAUUGAAAAUUGGAAUGAAUUUUAUUCUUAUGAUAAUUAUUAUAAACAAUGUAAACCAUUAUUUUGUUCGUAUACUAUUCAAGUAAAACCUAAUUAUAUAUAUAUAUUAACAAGAUUACUUAGUGUAUAUGCUGGAUUAACAAUUGUUAUACGUUUUUUAGUUCAAAAUAUUGUUAAUUUAAUUAGACGACAAAAAAAUCAACAACCAGGUAUUCAUUUUGAUAAAGAAUAUUUGCAAGCUUUAGGAAUAUGA